AUGUCUGCGACUCAUCUAGAGGUCGUCAACGAUUAUUCAACGGAAGGUUUUCUAGCUGCAUACAGAUUUGCCUCAAGAAGAGGAGUAGCUCACACUCUCUAUUCGGAUUGCGGAACCAACUUCAUAGGAGCAGACGCGGCUCUUAAGAAACUUUUCAUCGACAGCUCUGCAGAAUACAAGGUCAUCAUUUCAUCUAUCUCAACAAGCGGCACCAAUUGGAAGUUCAACGCUCCAGCAUCGCCACAUAUGGGUGGCAAGUGGGAAGCUGUUGUGAAAUCUAUCAAAUUCCAUCUUCGACGAACAAUUGGAGACACUCUGCUCACCUAUGCAGAGUUCUCAACAUUUCUCACUCAAAUAGAAGCGGUUCUCAACUCUCGACCGCUCGAAUCGCUCAGUGACUCUGAAAACAUCUCUGCUCUAAUUCCAGACUAUCUAGAUGGCAAUUCAUUCAAUAACAGAUCCAACAAUUCUGGUCUCAAUGGUCAGCACUAUCUGCAGUGGCAACAAUCCAUCUCUAAGUGGCAUCACCUAUUCAACAUCAUCAAGAUUGGGUCUUUACUCACUGAUGAGAGACUAUCACCAAGCAAGUGGCUUCUAGCAAGGGUUCUAGAGUUGCACCCAGGAAAGGAUGGACUCAUCAGGAUUGUCACGCUCAAGACAGCCAUCACAACACUCACUCGACCCAUGGCCAAGCUCGCACCUCUGCCAGCUCAUUCUGAAGAUCAUCAUCAGCAUAAACUUGCUGAUGGCGGGCGGAAUGUUCGAGAAUGA